ACUUCUCGAAGCGUUUCCGGAAAGCAGGAAAGCGUCGUCCAAGGCGUCGGCGUCCAUUUUUCUCACCAAGGAAUCUUGUUUGCCGGCGUUCUUUUCCUACCAAGUUGUAAAACGCGUUUAUCUUACAUCCCUGAGGCGUGGGACUACGCCUUUCCUCCUCGUCUGUGAUACGCAGUCUCUCGUAUCUUGCAAAAUGUCGUUCAACACCAGGUCCGGACGAGGACGUGGUCUCCAGCAGACUCAAGUAACAUAUCAUCAAACUCCGCCAAGAAUGCAACCGACCCCGUCACCUUAUCAAAGUCCGUAUCUUCAACACCAACUGCCUCCGUUCAACCCAGCUCCAGGACCAGUGUCUCCAGCUCCGGCCCAGCCUGCACCUCCGGGAGUCGUCCCGCAGCCACUACCAGUGCCGACCCAAGACCAGCAGCCACAGUUCAAGACGAUGCAGAUUACCAAAAUGGAGAGCGGAUCACCACCUGGAUCACCAUCUCAACUGGCAGAAAAGGAACCCACGGAGACCAGGCCGUGGAAGAAGACAAAGAAUCCCUCAUUGAAGGUCAACAAGGUUCUUAAACGUCGUCGUUUGAAUGCCAGAUUUAGGAAAAUUCUUUUCCCCAAAAAUGCCAUUAUGGUUCUAAAUGAGCUUCAGCCUGGUGUUCAGUUUGAAGGAAGUGAGUCAACUAAUGCUUUCAGCCAGACCUCCUAUAGUGUCAAGAUUGAAAUUGAUGGAGUGAAAUACACUGGUGAAGGUUCGACCAAAGCAUCUGCAAAGGCUGCUGCAGCUGAACUGGCUGUUAAGGGUAUAAUUCUCAAGAAAAUUGCCGAGAGUGCAAAGAAAGACGCUGUUCCUGUUGAAGAGGAACCCAUGGAGACUGCAAGUGGUGAUGGUGAUGAUGUGUCAGAGAAGGGUUCUCUUAAUGGCGGUAGAAAAGUGAUUCCUGAAGAUGAGGUUCCAUGGAGCAGUCUUGCAUCAUUUGCUUUGUUUAAACUUUUUGCUGAGUGGAAGACACAGGGUUCAGUUAUUCCACCUGUCGUUUCUCUACCCUCCGGCAAAUCUGCUAACAAAAAUUCUAACCCCCGAAAUAAACCACCUGGCCCUGCUGCUGCUACCGCCAUUGCAGCAGGGACUGCAGCUAAUGCAACUUACGUUGCUCUUCCUGCUUCUGCUGGAGGCGGUGUUGCUGCUUCACUCGUCAAAGCCGUGCCAGAGAAUGCAGAGACGCUUCACCCUGUAACCCUGGUUGGGCGUUUAUUCCCUGGAACUGCAUUUACUGAGGUGUCUAGAGUUGGUACCCCUCCCCAUUUGACGUUUACAAUGGGUGUUAAUGUGAAUGGUAUCGCAUAUGAAGGAGUUGGUAAAAAUAAGAAGGAAGCCAAAAAGCAGUGUGCCAUGGAAGUCCUAAGGGCAGCAGGUGUUCCAUUCAACCCUAACUAAAGUAUCAGAUUGGAGGAAGGAAGUCAUCUGAAAUGAAGCAGAAUUACUCUAGUACUAUAGCUCUUACUUAGUUUUCCAUGUCAUUUUAUUGCUUUAUCUUGCAACUGCAGGCAAAUUUAUGACAAAAUGAAACUUGAUCUCUUGAGUUUGCCCAUAUGUUUUUAAAAAAUCUGGUUUAAUGUUAGCUUGUAUGUGUACAUUACCAAGUAAUGUAGAAUUUUCAAAUGUAAUGAAUCCCGGACCUUUACUUGAACGGUUGUAUUCAGUUAGGAAGGCCAGAGGCCUCUUGUUUUUAUUUGUGUACUUUGCUCAGAAUUGGAGUAAAUCUGUUCAGUUAUGUUUACUUUGACCAUUGAAACUUGUUUAGUCUUCUUUACAAUUACUUUUUCUUUUUAUUUAAUCUGUGAAAUGUUUCUUUUGACUCCAUAAGCUUAAUAUCAGUAAAGCCAAGAGGCCUCUUGUUUUUAUUUGUUUACCUAGCUCAGAAUUUGAGUAAAUCUGUUAAAUUAUGUUAACUUUGACCAUUGAAAUUUGUUUACAGUUUUGUGUACAAUUUCUUUUUGUGUUUUUUAUUUUAUCUGUGAAAUGUUUCUUCUGACUCCAUGAGCUUAACAUCAGUACAAUCAUGAUUUUCCAAUAUUUUACUACUACUAAUGGCUCCACAGUUUUUAACCUGCUGGUGAAAAUCAGAAAUUCAUUUUAAUUUGUGUGUAACUUUUGAAUCAUGAUAGAUGGUGUUGUGUGAAUUAUAAUUCGAGCUUAAACAGUUGGCUUUAUUA